GUUUAAGGAAUCUUCCUCAAAAGUUUCAAAUUUCAUUAUUUGAAACAAUCAAAAAUAAAUUAAAAAAACUGUUUCAUUAAGUUGUUAGUAUGCCGGACCAAAAUGGCAACUCUGCAGAUGAACAAUCGCUUCUGUCAGGACUGGAUUUGUCCAACUUAAACUUCACAUUUUCAUGGAAUGGGACAAUUGACUUGUCAAACUACCCAUUUACAGAUUUCUUUGAAGAUAUCAAUUUGAAUGACUCUCCAAAUGGUGACCUUGGUUAUCAAAAGGACCUGCUCAUGUAUUACCUUAUGGGUAUCUGUGGUAUGACGCUAUGUUGUUUAGGAAUAAUUGGUAACAUCCUUUCUGUGAUCGUUCUUAGCCAACGUCUGAUGCGAUCCUCUACGUAUUCCUACCUCUCUGCUUUAGCCUUAAGUGACACAUUCUUUCUCUUCAUGACCAUGUUACUUCUUAUCAAAGACACAAAAAAGCCUGUCAAAUCAGAAAUUCGAUGGAUGGAGCCAUUUUAUGUUUACAUGUUUCCAUUCGUCCAUCCGGCAGCUCUCACAUUCCAAGUCACGUCAAUAUGGCUGACUCUCGCAUUCACUGUUGACCGCUACAUCAUGAUCUGCCACCCUUUUAAGGCAGAACGCUGGUGCAGUGUGGGACGAGCAAGGAAAGUGAUAUGUGGCCUUGUGACUGCUGGUUUUGUAUAUAACAUUCCACGAUUUUUCGAAUAUAAAGCUGAACAAGAACAGUUCCCCUUACCGCCUGACAUCAUUGCAAACUUUACAAUUCCUUCGCCAAUGCUGAUCAAGUUGACAGAAUUUGGUUCGAGUAACCUUUUUAGAGAGAUUAUACAUUCCUGGCUCUAUCUUAUAUGUGUUGCUGGAAUUCCUUUUUUGGCCUUAGUAGUUCUUAAUACAUUUCUUAUUAGAGCUGUUCAUGAGUCACGUAAAAAAGGAUUGCAGCUCAAUUCUAAAGAAAAGCGUAGGAAUGACACAACGAUAAUGUUGAUAGGUGUUGUGAUCAUUUUUCUGUUAUGUCAAGGUCCUGCUCUAAUAUCGAGAAUGAUUUGGGCACUAGAUUUUAAUGCUGCCUUUGUUUCGUUGUCUUGGUAUACUUUUAAUGAAGUAUCCAACUUUCUAGUUAUAAUCAAUUCUGCCAUAAAUAUAGUGCCAUAUUACUUCUUUGGAAAGAAAUUCAGACGACAAUUUUGGCGUACGUUUUGUUCAUGUAUAUUAACUAAGGAAGAGAUUCGUCGCCUAGCGCGCAGCCUAAGUAUAACGAUUGAUAAUCGUAGGGCCAGCAACAUAAGUAACCCACAGGCCCAGCAUGUGAAUAGUUGUCGAGCAAGCAGUGAGGACAACAGGAAAAGACAUAAGAACAGCAUCGCCAUACCUCUGAUACCAAAUGUGCAGCGGUCAUCAUUCGAGGAAUUAAAUGUUCCACCACUCACCUACAGAGGUAACCAUGACAGCUUUUCCUCUACUGGGUCAGGACACGAACUGCCUGACCCGGCUCCGUCUGCUGAACCCUGCAAGCUCAUGGUCAAUCUAGAAACUAAUGGAAAUUGUGAGAUGAUCAAACUUGAUACCACAGUGUCCUGUGACAAGUGUCAAAAUUAUAAUGCUAUAUUAUGACUAUAAAGUCAAUUUAUGUCAUGUAAGACAUGUGAUGAUCAUGUGACGAUAAUUAUAUUUAUACAUGUAUGUAAGAAAUAUAGAAACGCAAUAUUUCUAUGUAAAAUUCCAGCUUUGUGUUUAUAUAUCCCCAGCAAUACUUACAAGGUGCCUUGUGCUAGGUACUUGUUUUUGCUCAAUGUUACCACACAGCCAGUUAUUUAUGUGGGGGUUGAUAUUUUUUUCUGAUUGUGAAAGCUUGAUCUGUGAAAUAAUACAAAACAUUCAAAUGUUAUUAAUGAUAGAAACCUCAACUGAAUGCUAUUGUCAUAUUGAUGUUGUUAUCAGCAAACUCCCACAUCGGCAGUCUCUCAAAUAUCAAAAGAUGUUCAGAAAGCAGGACUUGUUUAGAUAACAUGUUACAGAACAUGUGGCAUAAAACAACUAUUGGUACAUCUAUUAUUGUAAACAUUUUAAAAUCACACUAUGCUAUAAUGUGUAUGCUGGGCCCAUUUUAGCGUAUCAAAAUCCCCUAAAAAAUGGAAUAAGUAUCUACUCUAAAGGACCAAGGAACCAAAUAAAACAUUUUCCACAUAGAGGGCAGUUGUAGAUGUGAACUAAAGUGCUGAGACCUGACACAGCUAUACGGUACACUAAAGACACAUCAGUAAUAUCCCUAGUACACAGUAUUAAACAUGUCUUGAAGCAUGAAACCUUGUCUGAAAUCUUGACAACAGGAGCAAUAUUCACAUGAAAUAUAUGCAUAUCCUGAUAUAUCCAGAUUGCAAAACUUGAAUUUUUGAGUGGCAGUUGCGAAAAUUUAGAAUCACAAAAAUAACUGACUGUAUGGUAUAUUGAUUAUCGUAAUUAUUCAUGUCAUCCUUUCACGUUGCGAACUUUGCAGCCUGAAGUUUACAGGGAAAGAUAAAUACUCAGUCUAUAUUAAUGCUGUUGCAUGACAUGGUGUAUGGCAUCCGUCAAGUUUUUCUUUAAGCAAUUUCUUUUCAAAGAACUAUUUGAUUUAGAAUAUACUAUCAUGAGGUAUUUGGCAAGCAGGUUUGUUGGAUGAAACUCAAGUUUCCAAAAAAAUUGCCAGGACCGUUUCAGAAUCCAGGUAGUCAAAUUAGAAAAAAAUGUAAAUGACUUCUUAUGAUAAACCAAAAGGCUUUGAAUCAUGAUAUUUGGCAAAUAGUUGGUAGGUUCCUGGGAUGAGUUGAAAAAAUGUUUACUUAAAGAAAUAACUUUGACUCAUAGUAAAGGUCACCAGGGUCAUCUUUGUUGAACUGAUGUGAAUGACACUAUCUGAUUAACCGAAAGACCUCGAGAGUCAUUCAUUAGAAGUGACGAUAAAGCUUUUAGCAUUUUGGUAUGUAACUAUUUUUCCAAAUUUGAAAGCCUCAUAAAAUUGAAAUGAAGUCUUCCAGAAAGGGACCCAUCAGUUUUAAAGUAUGCAGCCUAGAUUGUAUAAGUGUACUUAAUUUGAGACACACUUUAAAAUGAUAUACACGCUGAAGAUUUUAGGAGAUCUGCGGAAACCAGGCCUUGAUUGCCCAAAGCUUGGUGAGAGUUGCAGUAACUUGUGGUUAGUGGAAGAUUUAAAUUGUUCCCAUUGAAAGAACAAGGACAUUCACUGUAAAACUGACACUUACAUAAAAUAUAUCAAUCAGACCUGUUUCAUUAAGUCUACACAGUUUUGUUUAAUUCAUAUUUGAAAUUUUUCACUAACCACUGGUUAUAAUGCUAAGGAAGCUUUGAGCAACUGAGGACAAACAGCCAACUCUGACAACUCUCUGUGUUAAGCCCAUAUAAUAAAAAAAACUUAGUCCCUUAGAUGUUUGUUUUAGACAGGUUUAACACAUGGUCCUUAAAGUGUUUGUUUUAGACAGGUUAACAGUGAUUAUCACAAUGAGCAGUAUAAUUCCCAUGACAAAAGAAAGUAUCCUUUAUGUUGUUCUGUUUAUUUCCUAUUGAAUAUAUUUAUUUGUAAAUGAGAUUAACACUUUCUUAUGAAAAAGAUUAAUCUGGAAUUGAAAUUAAAAUAAUUUAUUACUU